AGGGAGGGCUGUUUUUGAGUGUUUGCGUGUGUGUGUGUGUCUGUGUGUGUGUGUGUAUGUGUGCGUAUGUGCCUGAGAAAUGAGAGAGAGGGACGAGGGAGGGAGGAGAGUACUGAGCUGAGAGAAAUCUGUCAGAUUCAAACACACUGCUCUCUGUGUAUGUGUGAUAGAGAGAAGAGAGGAGGAGAGCUGGGGAACAGAUAGAGAGAGACUGAGGAAGACCACAAAGUGAGGCCAGCUCACCUAUGGAUCAGCUUUCAUAUCAGCAACCCAGGGGAUUCCACGGACACUUCAGCGAGACUGACACCCCAGUCGAGCAGAGCCGAUCAACACUGAUGCGGAUGCGCUGCGCGCAUCUGUAGAGCAGCAAAGGCCAAGGGGACGGGGUGAAAGGUCACGGACUACAGAGUCGCAGGGGCCGCUGAGGUCGAAAGGUUUUGGGAGGGGAGACUGCGAGGCUACGAAAAGAGUCAGAGUUCAGGAAGGAAGGUCUCAGUGACAGACGAGAGUCAAGGGGUCAAAGAUGAUGACAUCGCAUGGAAAGCUGAGGAGGGAGAAGGGAAGUCUGGCAGAGUACGAAUCGCAGAUGAAAGACCUGCGGGCUCAACUGACCGACCAGAUCAAGAUUUUAGACUCUCAGGUAGAGGUGAAACAGCAGCAGCUCUCAGACCUCUCUGAGUUUCUCCGACGUCGAGGCGACAUCGAGGCUGAAUAUGCGCGAGCCCUCGACAAACUCACAGAGAGAUUCACCCACAAGACUAAAAAGAAGGAGCAGUGGGGUCAGUCUGUGUGUCAGGUCUGGUCCGUUUUGCUGACUCAGACUCGCCUGGAGAGCCGGGAACACGCAGCACUGGGUGACACCUGCUGCAACACACUCACACAGCGGUUGACAUACAGUACGGAGGAUACACACCGUCUGCACAAAAAGAGUAAAGAAGUUGGCAUCCAAAUGCAAGACGAGUUGCUAAAGGUCACCACUGAGCUACAGACAGCUCUGAAGACAUAUAACCAGUACCACACAGACUGCCUGAUAGCUGAGGGCAAACUGAAGGAAGCCGAGCGGUUGGAGGAGAGGCACACCGGCAAGUCAGCUGAGCUCGGCCUCGGCCAAUCAGGAGGACAGAGGCGGAGUUCCGUCAAGAAGAUGGAGAGAUUAAUGGAGAAGAGGCAUGGCAGAGUGCAGGAGACCCAGCUGAAGUGCACCAAGGCUCGUAAUGACUACCUGCUGAAUCUAGCAGCAGCCAAUGCGGCCAUGAACAAGUACUACCUGCAGGACGUCAGCACUCUCAUUGACUGCUGUGACCUGGGUUUCCAUCUGUCCAUGGAGAGGGUGAUGAGGUGCUACCUGGCUAGUAGGUGGCGCAUCCAGAAGACAGAGGAGACGGGGCUGAAGCAGCUGGAGGCUGCAGUGACGUCCCUGGACCAGGGUGGAGACAGAGACGCAUUGCUACAGCAACACGACGCUGCCUUCUGCCUUCCAUUUAGAUUCAACUACCAUCCUCAUGAAGGAGACCAGGUGUGUGAGGUGAGCGCUGAGAGCCAGGUGAGGUACGAGCUGGAGACAAGGUUCCAGCAGCUUCAGUCCCGACUCGCUGCCGUUACCUUGGAAACAGAGGAGGUCAGCAAAACGCUGAAAGCCACACUCACAGCCCUGCUGGACAGUAUGUGUGAGAGCGACUGUAACCCCUCCCCCGACGUGUCCAGCAGCCUAUCACACGAGCCCCCUGGAGGAAACACUGCCCAAAAACUUACUCUUGCCAAGCGUCGAGCCAAUCAGCAGGAGACAGAGACCUACUAUUUCACAAAAGUGAAGGAAUUCCUCACCAGCAGUUCUCUGACCUCCAAACUUCAAGCCAAACAUGACCUUCUACAAGAUGCCAUACAGAAAGCUGAGGCUGUCGACAGUGACCCUUCCAGAAUGCAAUGUGCUCGAUCAGUGCGUGUUCGGAAGUCCAGACCUGUUUCCCAAUUCUGCCACACACUCUUCACCACAGACAUAAUCUCCUACAUACAGAGCUCUGGGCAGCAGAUUCCUGUGGUGGUUGAAAGCUGCAUCCGUUUCAUAAACCUUCAUGGCCUCCACCAUGAAGGGAUAUUCAGAGUUCCUGGUUCACAAAGGGAGGUUAACCUCAUCAGAGAUGCAUUUGAGAGAGGAGAUGAUCCUCUGUCAGACAGUGAGUGUGACCUGGACUCCGUGGCUGGUGUGUUGAAGCUCUACUUCAGGGGGCUUGAGCCUCCUCUCUUCCCAUACGACAGCUACUCUCAGCUGCUGGAGUGUGUCCAAAUCGAGGGGGUGACGGAGAAAGCAGCGCAGAUUAAAGCGAUUGUCUCCACCUUCCCGCGGCCACUCCUCAUCGUGAUGCGUUACCUUUUUGCUUUCCUCAAUCAUGUGUCUCAGUACAGCGAUGAGAACAUGAUGCAGCCCUACAACUUAGCCGUUUGCUUCGGUCCGAGCCUGCUGAGGGGGCUGGAUUCUGAUGAUGCUGUUGCUAGGCAGCCACAGGUCAAUGAUCUUGUCAAAACCAUGAUCCUCCAACAUGACAUCAUCUUCCCCAGCCAAUCAGAACUGCCAGGCCCUGUCUACGAGAAGCACAUGACACUGGAGCAGGAGUACUGUGAACCAAUCACAGAGGAGGGAGACGGAGAGAGUGAGCAUCUGCCCAGUGAGGAUGAGUGGGAGGCGGUGGCUAUGUUUGACUACGUGGCGAGAUCUCCAGCGGAGCUGUCUUUCAAGCUGGGAGACCUUCUCAUCCUUCACAGCAAAGCCUCCUGUGAUUGGUGGAGAGGCGAAGUGGGAGGGGUUAAGGGGCUAAUCCCUCAUAAGUACAUCAGUGUGCUGGAUGGGUCAGAGCGAGGGAAAAGAGAGGAAGGAGGCGGAGGAGGCAGCACUGGAAACCUGACAGCAGAAGAUCCACAGACGGAGAACACAACCCGGAUGCGGGUGAACAGCGACAGUGCUUCGUUGCCUGGGAGACAGAGAGGAAGUGAGGGGAGUCCCAAUCGAAAGCCACCAACCUCCCCCGCCACACGACACCUGCCAGUGUCUCAAGAGCGAAGACACACUUUGGACACUGUGAGACAGGGCGGCUUCAGACCUCCAGACAGACCUCCAUUCGGUCAGGCGGAGAGAACAGUGGACAAGGAGAUGAUCAGCCGUCAGAUGAACUCGGUCUUCAAGGAGCUCCUGUCUCGCCAGCCUACCGUGCAGCAGUCCACCCUCGCCGCCCCCGCCGCUUCUGCUCCCUCUUCCUCCUCCUCUUCCACUCUUCCUCAAGCUGCCCCCGCUGCCAAAAAAGCAGGAUUUGGCAUCAGAGGGCGGGCCCUUUUCAGACCAGUGGACUAAGUGGGAAGAGAGGAUCACUGGAAUUAUUGAUUUAUGAUUUGAGGAUGGUGAUUAUGCUGAUGCAGAUGAUACAUUUGGUGAAGAUCUUGAUUUAUUUUUCGACACAUGUAUAAUAUUUGCGUCUAUGCCAUCUCAUAGUGCCACUAGUCUCGGUGCCGUGUUACUGUACGUCCAGUGUGUCUGUUUUCAAGCUGGUUUUUGGUCUUUUAUGUUCUGGUCUGUUUUGUUCUCCAGGCUUUUGCAAUUUUUGAAGAAUCAGGGAUGUGACAUUGCCAGACUGACUUUUUAAAGUGGUUGCCAUGAUACAACAAAAGACUUAAGCUGCCCCCUUGUGGCUCACCCUUAUAAUGUUUGCUUUAGUUGAAAAAAGAAAACUGAUCUGGGGCCUGAGUGCCUUCACAUCUUUUACUCUUCACAUUGAUCUCACUUGAAAACGACCUGAUAGGUUUGAACUCUGCUUGUUAUAUUUAUAUAAUGUGAUCAAGGAGGUUGUUUAUGGAACCCCAAGGUGAUCAAUAUUAAAUAAUUGAUUAAAUAAUCAUAAAUAAACUGUGAAAAUACAUAUAAACAGUUUGUGAAAUAAUUUAAGAAUUCAUGCUAGCUUAUCUCAGUAUUUGAAAAAAAAUCAUUUAUUUUCAUAAUAACAUUUUUAACUGUUUUCCGGAUGAUUUCCUUUCAUAAAGACAUUUUUCCUGUGAGACUUUUUUAAAGCAACAUCAUGUAGAAAUUAGCAUUGUGUGCAAUCUUGCGUCCCCACAGUCAUAAAUACAAUACAAUACAAGGUCUGUAUAAAUCUGUAAGAUGUAAUGUAGGUGCUAACCACAAACAAAACUCAACACAAAUUGUAACAAUGUUAUGUGUUGAAAACUUGUAUGUAACGCUGUGAUCCUACCCUCUCACUGGAGUUCGUAGUGCAGAGUCAAGCGAUAGAGACAGAGGCACCAUUCACCCGCUUACAAGACACUGUAGCAUCAAAAUGACUUUGGAGCUGAUAUUUUGAGGUAAAAAUGUUACAUGAUGUUGCUUUAAUGUCAAGUUUUCAUGUUGUCACUAACCAGCCAAUCACAUAACUCCCUGCCUCUUGAGAUGGCAAACUAAACAACUGGACUAGCAAGUGCGCUCCUGUUAGCUAGAGCAACAGCAAUGGCAGUGGCUGGCACGUUCCAGAGGCUGCUGGAAAUAAACACCGGCACAGUAACAAAACUUACGCCGUUUUCAAACCUUGGCUCAACCAGGCUGCUCCAGCGUCCCACUUCAAGUAAAUGAUUGAGUAUCUAGGUUAGCUUAUUAGCUUGAAUUAUUAUCCAGCAGUGUUAGCUUCCUGAUGACUUGAGUGACAACAAAUCUUUUUUUUUUUUCUUCAGAGAGAAUAACAAUAAAGACAGAACGUCUUUCUCUAAGGAACAGCUUUUGAAUCCAAAUGUGGCAGAAUUUUCUAGAUUAGCUCGCUAACAUUAGCUGCUGCCAUGAACACUGUCUCCUUACUAGUUAGUGUGUCUGUUAAGGCCUGCCUAAUUACAGUGGCAGCUAGUUAGGCUUGUUGUCUGACUGUACUUUGCAUUGUUAUUGCUCUUGCGAACAGGAGUUAACUGGCUAAAUGUGGUAGCAGUUGUUGAACUUGCUAGUUUAGGAGGUUAGUGACUAUACCACUCAUGAAAAGGAACAUUAUAACAUUUCCAUUUAAUUUACUCUUUUUUAGACUUCAGCAUUUGAGUUAUGUAGACAGUGCCAGCUGGAAAGAGACCAUGAAGGCAGGGAGGAGAGAGGGGAUGACAUGCAGUAAAUUCAACCCAGGCAGCUGUGUAAGGAGUCACUCUCAAUACUGCUGCCAGGCGCCCCAUGAAAUAAACAGUUAAUUAUUAUUAUGCCAAUUUCUUCAGUUAUUUCACAAAUGAUUGUUUCAUUUAUUUAUAUAUGUUUUACGCAAUUUAUUAAUGUAAAUAUGUAUUUCAUAAUUAAUUAUAUUCAUUAAAUGUUGAACAUUUUGGGGCUCCACAGAUGUUAUUUUGGAAAACUGUAGAGGUCAGUACUUUAUAGCAGCAUGCAGCGUUAGCACACACACACACACACACACGCACACACACACAGGCAUACACACACACAUACACACAUAGACUAAGAUGGAAAACACAUUCCCCUUCAUAUGUGAUACAUGGCCUGAUACCCAGGCUGAAACUCAGGGCUUUUGCAGAGUUAGAGACGGGCUUACUCAGGUUCGGCUUCGAAGGAAUGAGUAAGAGUUUCUCACUCAGGGCUUUGGUUGACUCACUCUUCAACUGGAAACUGUGCCCUAGCCUCAAGAGCCAAAAUGGCCCCCAUGUUAGAGAGGAUUUAGUGACUUCCUCUGGUUUAAACUGUGAAUGCAACGGCAACAUUUCGGAGCCACGGUCGAAACUCUUGUCUCAUUCAUCUACGCAUUUUGGCCCCCCCUGACUGUAAUCUAGCACCAUCCACAGGUCGCAUUCAAAUGUGUGUUUCAGAUUUUUGCAGUGUGGUGUACAAUUACUAUGACUUCAGAAGCAUUUGAAAUGUUUUUUACAUAUGGCAUCUCCCAUCUGUUGUGUUUCAGUAUUGAAAACAUAGAAGAAGAAUCCUUUUUUGAAAUUGAUUUCGCUUCUAUGAUGAAAACACCCUGUUAUUCUGGAUCACUGUUUGAUGAUGUCACUAAAUUUACUGUGUCCAAUUGUAUAUGUGGUUAUAAAAAGUAUGAAUACAAUAAAGAUGACAAAGUGAUGAAUGGUU